CGACCAAGUUAUAGUCCACCUCAGCAACAACAACCGUUACCACAACCAAGUUAUAGUCCCCCUCAGCAACAACAACCCUUGCCACAACCUCAGCCAAGUUAUGGACCUCCACCAUCACAACAACCUUUACCACAACCACAACCAAGUUAUGGACCACCGAUUCAACAGCAACAACCAACACCACAACUCUCACCAAACUGUAACCAUCCACAGCAGCAACAACCAUUACCUCAACCACAGCCAAGCUAUGGAUUGCCUCAACAACCACUUCCACAGCCACAGCCUACUCAACCUCCAGUAUCAUAUGGUGCCCCAGUACAAAGUACUAUAGCUCCUCAACAAAAUUACGGAAGUCCAAAACCAUCCAAUACUAAUAUUCCUCAAUCUAAUCAACCAACUGUAGUACAGUCAAUCAGUUUUGGAAUACCAUCACAAUCGUUUAACACACCGUCUCAACUAUUGGGGACGUCACAGAAUCAAAAUGGGUAUUCUUAUAGCCCUCCGGCUGUUCAGCAACAAAAUAAUCAAUUUCAGGGUUAUUCUUACAACCAACCACCUCCAAGACCAAAUCAACAGCCACAACAGCCACAACAACCACAACAACCCAAGCAGCCUAGUUUUACCUACACUACAUCUCAAACGCAGCCUCAAAAUAUACCACAGCAGGUUGGUUAUUCAUACAAUGCACCACAACCUGCCACACAACAAAAUAAUGCAAAACCCCCCUCAUCAUCGCCACCUCAACCCUCAUAUAGCAUACCACAGCAGCCUCAAACUUCCCCUCCGUCAAACAAUUAUAACCCUCCCAAGCCACAAGCCCAACCA